CCACAGCUAAGGUGGCGCACCAGCAUUGAGGAGGAUGGAGGCACCCCUGGUAAGCCUGGAGGAGGAGUUCGAGGAGGGGCCUGGGGAUGAUGGGGGGACCCCACAACGCACUGCAGACCCGGCACUGGCUGAACUGGAGAGCUUCUCGGCCGAGAUGAUGAGCUUCAAGUCAAUGGAGGACCUGGUGCAGGAGUUCGACGAGAAGCUCACCGUCUGCUUCCGCAACUACGAUGCUGCCACCGAGGGUCUGGCCCCUGUGCGGGGGCGUCUCCAGGCGCAGGAAGAGGAGGAGCGCCUCCAGGAUGAGGAGGUCUGGGAUGCUCUCACCGAUGGCUUCGCCCCCCGGGGCUCCCCCCAGCCCUGGCUGCUCCCCAGGGCUGAGACCCCCGACGGCACCGACCCCCAG